CUGCUCUUCGCCUCGAGCGGACGCGAGCGAGAGAGGGAGAGGGGAAGGAGAAGCACCGAUCCAUCCAUCCGCGUGUAUCUCUCUCUGAUGUAUUAUAGUUAAUACUGGCGCAAUUCAUUAACAUCUCAGAAUUGAUGAUGAAGAACAAUUAUUAUAAUGAUGGUGAUACUGGGAGUGAAUUUUAUGAAUGCUUCAGUAACCAUUAUUCACAAAUCAAUGGGGUGGACCCAUUUGAAAGUGGCGACUUCAGUAACUAUGAGGAACCAGCUGGGUUUUUUUUGCCUUAUGGAGUUCCGCAUGCAUACCUGAGGACUCAUGUAGCUGGACAAGAUAUUAAGAUUGGGGGAGGUGCUGAUUUUAUGGAUGAUAGAGCAUUUACUUUGCUUAAGGGGUUGAUAACAGAAACAAGAGCUUCUUCACCAUAUUAUGAGGGGGCUCAUCAAUUAAAUUCACUAAAUUAUGUCAAUGAAGAUGGAAAUGGCAUUCCUUCAGCAACAAAUCCUACCUGGGAAUUGAGUCAGAGCUGUGAUCUGUUGGACCAUUCCCUGACCAGGGAUUCUGCCCCUUUCAGCGUUGAUACUUCAUCUGGAGUCCUGACUAAUAUUGGCGCUUUAAAUGAUUUUAUGCCCAUAAACGAGUUGGCAAUCAAGAGUGGGAGAUUUGGAGUAUUCCCUUCCAUCGAGAAAACUGAAGAAAGCAGCAUUGCCAUUGAUGAAGCUAACUCAUACGGGGCAACUGCAAGCUUGUACUCUAAUAAUAUCUAUUUCUCUCAUUGGAUUGACCAGAAUUUAACUGGUCCAUUGCCCGAUUUAGCUGAUCUUCCUGACAUGUAUCCAACCAGUAACUUACCAGCAUUACCAGCACCUAGGAAGAGCAUCACUCUUGUUCUUGAUCUUGAUGAAACUCUUAUCCACUCAUCAACGAAUGACUGCAAUGGUGCUGACUUUUCAUUUCCUAUGUGCUAUGGCAAAAAAGAGCACACUGUGUAUGUAAAGAAGAGGCCACAUGUCGACACCUUCCUUCAGAAGGUGUCUGAGAUGUUUAAGGUGGUUAUCUUUACAGCUAGCGUAAGCUCGUAUGCUAAUCGGCUGCUUGAUAUAUUGGAUCCUGAGAACAGAUUGAUUUCCCAACGUUUUUUCCGGGAGUCAUGUGUGCCACUAGAUGGUAGAUAUAUUAAGGAUCUGACUUUUAUUGUUGCUGAUCUUGCAAAGGUUGCUAUAAUUGACAAUUCUCCGGAGGUUUUCCGGCUACAGGAGGAAAAUGGAAUUCCCAUAAAGACUUGGACCAGCGACCUGGAUGACCAUUCAUUGUUUGAGCUGAUACCCUUCCUGGAAGUCCUUGCUGCUGCAGAUGACGUCCGACCAAUCAUCGCAGAAAACUUAGGCAGGCACAGAUCGAUUAUUUAGGUGUUGCAGCAAAUAUUAGAAACUGCCCGUUGCUUAUUUCACAAAGAAUUCUUCCCAUGGUUGAACAGUAACAUGUAUGGUAUCAUUACCAAACUAGUUUCCAUUGCUUCUUUCACAGUUUGAUUCCAGAAUUUUGUGCAUUUUUUGUCGGAUUGUUAUUUUGUGGUUUGCACUUUUGUGCGUAGCAUCACCUUAAACUAGCAUGUAU